CAAAACAACCCCUCCUCUUUGUAGCCACAUUAGCCGAGGCUGUACUCUCGAGCAGGAGCUUGUUCUUCUCAAAGAAGAAGUCAUUCUGCUGUUAAAGGUUUGCUGUGUUCCUAUCUGAUGUGGAACAUCCACCAUUGUACUUUUAUAGACAUCAUUUAUUGUACAUAUGACCGUCCUGAUGUUAUUCUAGACAGAAGCAAGGCGCGAAAAGGGUUGUGAUCUUUUGACUGAAGUGAUGGGCUAGAGUAAUUAAGGUUGUGGACUUUGUUUUAAAAAAUGAACACCAUAAUAAUCAGAGCACAUGUGAAUGUGACAAGAAUUCAACAGCUCAUAGAAAUGAAGAUGACACUAUUCACCUUACACAGAAAACUGGAAGGUUUGCAUUCUGCAGCGGGUGCAGUUCGGUGGAGGAGCAGUUAUCGACCAUCUCCUCUUUUGACAGCUGCUCCUGUUCGUGCUCUCAUAGAUGAACGGAUCAGCAUUAAAGGGACUUUCCUUCCCCCACACUGCCCAAUUACACUAUGUGCACAAAUGCACAGUGAGGAUGGUGACCUAUGGGAGGCAUUUGCCCAUUAUAAUACAAAUUCAGACGGCACUGUGAACUUGACCAGGGACCAUUCGGUUGGGGGCUCAUAUUUGGGCUGUGAGCCAAUGGGACUCUUCUGGGGAAUGCAGGGGGAUCCUGGGGUCAGAUUGAGGAAGAUAAACGUAUUGACUCCAUACACAGUGCAGAUAUCCUUGCUGGAGGGCCACAUUUCCCCCAGUGAGGCACAGGGCACUGAGCUAGCUACUGUAAUCACUGAGCGCUGGUAUAUAGCACCAGGCGUACGGAGAAUAGAUAUUCGUCAAAAUGGAGUUGUAGGGACGUUAUUCUUACCCCCUGGCCCGGGUCCAUUUCCAGGCAUGUUGGACCUGUGGGGAAUGGGUGGAGGACUGAUGGAGUACCGCGCUGCCCUGAUUGCAUCCAGAGGCUAUGCUAGUUUGGCCCUUGCCUUCCUGGGGCACAAAGAUUUACCUGGCCCACGCAACACCAUGAAUGUUGGUGAUUCAUAUUUCAAGGCAGCAUUUCACCUGCUUCAGAAUCAUCAUCAAGUCUGUGCCGACAGAGUUGGGAUCAUUGGUAUCUCUUACGGAUCCUACCUGGCUCUUCGAAUUGCCACUCAGACGGGUGUCAAACCAGCCUGUUUGAUUUGUAUCAAUGGCCCAAUAGGAAGUAACAUUCAGCUCUUAGAUGCAGAGGACGGGGCUGAUGACUUUAACAGUGACCAGAAACACUGGACGUUCGAUGAGCAAGGCCAUGUCAGUUUCAGAGAGGUGUCCUUACCUGCUAACAUUCGUCCUGAGGCCAUAUUGAAGAUAGAGAACAUUGCUUGCCCAUUAAUGGCCAUUGUAAGUGAAGAUGACCUGAGCACUGCAAGCAUAGAAAGUGCAAAUGUGAUUGAGGAGACUCUGAAGGCUGCGGGUAAAUCUGAGCUGUUCACCCGGUUGUCAUACCCCGGUGCCGGUCACCUGAUUGAGCCGCCUUACGCGCCAAAUGCAAGAUUAUCCCUGUGGCGCAAUAAACCAAAAAAAUUGUUCACUCUGUGGGGAGGUCAGUCCACCCCUCAUGCUGCUGCCCAGGAAGAUGCAUGGGAGAAGAUGCUGGACUUCAUGGAAAGCAAUCUGAGAAGAUGAAUCUGUGGUGAAGUGGACAUUAAAAAGAGAAAUGUCUUGUUUUAAAUCUGUUUGUGAACUGAUGCUUUUAUCUGAGAGUUUCACAUGCACAGAACAGACAUAUUUUUUUGUCACAGUCUUUGUCCUGUCUCCACCACUUGUUUUCCCUGUAGUGUUAGACUCAGCCCCUGUUUUUGAUCCAGGUUUCCCUUUUUUGCCACCUGCUCUGCUCUCAUCCAGCAUGUGAGCCAAGUCUCCACAGUCACUCACUGCCAGAUUGUCAUCAAUGAAGCACUCGUGACUCUCCAGCAUUUGUGCUUUCUGCUUGUCUUGGUUUUGAAUUGAUUUGUCCCUUGGACUCUGACCCUGCCUUGAUGAGAGAGAGGCUACUGAACUGAAUGAGCCACGGUCAGUGUGCACGUUGCACUCAAUCCAAGCUGUGUUGUAAAUAUCCACAUUAGCCGAGGCUGCACUGUCAAGCAGGAGCUUUCCCUUCUUAAAUAAGAAGUUAUUCUGCUGUUACAGGUCAGAAGAGGGUCUGUUUGUUUAAAGGACACUGAAAUGUGAAGGGUUGUUUGUAUCAUUUUAUUAUGCUGUUUUCUGUUCAAAAAAGAGUGACACCUUGCUGGCUAGUUUACCUGUUUCUUACAUAGCUAGUUGCCUACACUGCAAUAUGUAGUCCCACAGAACACUGGGUAAUUGAGAAAGGUUUGCAUCUAGAUAAGGAUGAAUCAAGCUGAUGUUUGAAAAAUUGGCACAAAGGCAGUAUGGAUUAUUUGAUCCUGUUACGGCUAGCUGUAUCUCAAUAAUCGGUAAGGACUCAGAGAAAUGCAGGACUCGCACUCAGGCUUGGAAAAGUAAAUAAUUUAAUGAAUACUGAAAUGAGGACUACGUAGAUGGGGGGCCGGUUACUGAGAUACUUCAGUAGAUCUCGGGCAGCUGGGGACGCUGUAUUGACUGGACGGCUAGAGGAGCAACGUUGAUCGAGAGGUGCGGCACACUAUGUUAGAGCAGAGGAUGAGAGUGUGAGACAGGAUAACAGGUACACAGGGAUAACGUCUAUAUCAAGUACUAGAACAGUGAUGAGGUGAUGAGGGUUGUAGGCAGAGGUCCAGUGCUGGGGGGGGAGAAAUCACAACCAAGUGCAGUGUACCUGAUUCAUAUGAGAGCUCUCUGACAGGAGACAAUUCAGUCCUCACACAUAAGUGGUACUCAAAAUCAGAAUGGCAAAAGGUUACAGAAAAAUCUGAUAUCUCAAACCACUGGCAAACAGUUCAUAACACAAGGUAGCAACCAAAAAUCAGAAGGGCAGGAAUCAGAUCAAAUCAAAUCAAAUUUUAUUUGUAUAGCACCAAAUCACAACAAAAGUCAU